GCGUUUCAGAGAUCUAAAUUUCAGCCAAUCGGCUCGAAGGAUGAAGUCGCGGGAAAUUUGUCGAACCGAAAGCAGUUUUCUGUUUCUCGAACAAUCAGGUGCGAGGAUUCAAAAUUGUUCCGAGUUUUGACACGUGCGAUGCGACACAUCGAUAAUUAAUAUUUGCCCUUGAAGAUCGGGGCAAUGGAAAUGAGCAUCCGACCGAGCGAUCACAUUCGAAUUUCAGUGAAAUCUCGAACUUUCGUCAGCUGAUCAGCUGAUCUCUGCUCGUGUCAGGGUCCUUCAGGAUGGCAUCCCCCUUGUCGCGAUUGCCGCAGACGUUUCUCGCCAGGAACGGCUCGAAACUGUCGCAGUUCGCGACGAUUGUGCUCGUCGAGCGACAACCUGGAGUCCGGGUGCUCCAUUCGCAUCGGCAUCAGGAUCGAAGGACAUUUGACAGCGGACCAAAACAGUUCUUAACCUGUACCGCGCUUAUCUCGGCGUUGGGUCUCGGCUAUAUUUUGUAUAAUAACUGGAAGGAUGACAUACGGCAGAGGAUCAAAAAUUUGGUCCCUAAUUAUCCCGUUAUUCAUUCCGUUUCGUUAUCUGAUAAUCAGAACAGGGAUAAGUAUAAUUUUAUAGCGGACGUGGUAGAGAUAUCCGCGCCAUCCGUAGUUUACAUUGAGAUUAAAGACUCAUCGAGGGUAGACUUCUUUACUGGGAAGAUAGUUACCACUAGUAAUGGAUCAGGAUUCAUCAUUAAUCAGGAUGGUUUAAUACUAACAAAUGCCCACGUUGUAAUAAAUAAGCCCAAUACAUCAGUGAAGGUGCGACUUUAUGACGGUACUACACAUAUUGGAGUAAUAGAAGAUAUUGAUUUGGAAAGCGAUCUUGCUACUGUGCGUAUAAAGAAGACCAACCUGCCUGUGAUGAAGCUUGGUUGUUCAGCCAAUAUUAGACCAGGAGAAUUUGUUGUGGCUAUUGGUUCUCCGUUAGCUCUUAGCAACACUAUAACAAGUGGAGUAGUAAGUAGUGUAAAUAGACAAAGUGAAGAACUUGGCCUACAUAAUUCACAAAUUGGAUAUAUUCAAACAGAUGCAGCAAUUACUUUUGGAAAUUCGGGUGGACCGCUAGUGAAUUUAAAUGGGGAAGCAAUAGGCAUAAAUGCAAUGAAAGUGACGUCUGGAAUUUCAUUUGCCAUACCAAUAGACUACGCAAAAGAAUUCUUGCAUAAAGCAGAGUUACGUAAGAAAAACAAAGACAUAGUGUUUCAAGGAGCACCCAAGAGAAGAUACAUGGGAAUCACAAUGCAAACUUUGAUGCCAGAUACUUUACUUGAGAUGCAACAAUAUAAUGAGUACAUGCAUGUCAGACAUGGAGUCCUUGUGUGGAAAGUAAUGCUUGGCUCUCCAGCUCAUAAUGCUGGAUUACAGCCUGGGGAUGUAAUAACUCAUGCCAACGACGAGCCGGUACUGGAUUCACAUAAUAUUUACAAGAUAUUAGAACGACCAGGAACGAUACAAUUGCAAGUUGUAAGAAAAGGAAAAAAUUUACAUGUAACAGUCGAACCUGAGGAUACAUAGCUGAUUGAG